AUGUCAUUGAAAUACAACAGAAUUUAUUUAAAUGAUGACAAAUCUCCCUCUGCCAAUGUUUUGGUGCAGCACAGUGAUGUCUUUAGCCUGUCAGAGUGUGCAUUGAUAGCUCUAAAUAAUCUUCAGUGUUCCUCCUUCUUCUUCAAUAAAGCUACCUCAUCUUGUACCCUCACUGGUCAACUUUGUGCAUCGCAACUAACAUUAUCAUUUGGAUAUCAACACUUUCUAACCGAUAGUACAGUGGACAGCAGCCCAAUGAGUUGUGCUUACGAAUACAUAGGCAAAAAUCCUUCCUGGAGUACAGCAAAGAUGGAGUGUGAGAAUCGUGGGGGAUACUUGGUAGAACUACAGUCUCAGAAUGAACAACAAUUUGUCAGAAACAUUCUUAUACCUCAGAUAGAUCCAAAUUCGGUACCUGUAUUCUGGUUGGGAGGCAAGAAAACAAACGGACAAUUUGAGUGGAUAAAUGGAGGAAAAAUUGAAUAUUCUAACUGGAGACCAGGAUACCCAGAUAACCAGGAAUCGAAUGUGGACUGCAGAAUAUCAAUACUUCUGUAA